GAGCUUGAAGAAAACACUUUUGCUUGCGCGGCGAUUUGAAAUACCAGUGUACUUGCUUUUUGGUGAUCACGGAGAAACCAGCUAAAGUGAUCUUCUGGCUCUAGUUGAUAGUAACUGCAUAUCUGUGCAAAUUAUAGCAGCAACUAGAAAGAAGAACAGAAGUUGUGACCAUGGCUUCUGAACAAGACAAACAACUAAUUGAUGAUAUUAAAGCGAGACAGGAGAGAUGUCGCACCUUGCAGGCGUCUGCUCUUGUUGCACUUGAUUGCAAUGCGGACACCAAGCUGGAGGUGACGCAGCGCACGCUCGGACUGCAGCUGGGAGAGAAACAGAUACUCAUCGAAAACCUCGAGACGACCGUCUCGGAGCUGACGGAGUUGCUGGCGGCGGCGAACGACGGAAAGAAGAAGAAAGCUGGCAGGCCUGCGACGCCGAAACCAAAGGAGAGCAUCGCGCGAUUCCUCAUGCAGAUACGGAAGCUGCAGACCGACCUCGACGACGCUCGGGUGAGAGAGGGCGCGGCAGAGGUAGCGGAGAGCGAAUGCGCUGUGCUGCGUGCGCACUCCGAGCAAACGAGGGAGGAGACGGCGGCGAGAGAGGCGGCGGCCGCGGAGGAGGCGGCUGGCGUAGCGACAGCCUUUCAACGCUGCGUCGACGUGGCGGAGGAGCGGAAGAGGGCGCUCGCGGAUGCCCGCGCGAAGAUCCGCGAUCAUGCGGCGGAGAGGAAGCGUCUCGUGGCGGAGGCGGCAUCGCGGGAAGCCGACGCGGCGCGGACGACGCGCGAGAAAGCCGAGCUGACGCGGCAGCUCGCGCGAGGGAAGGUCAAAGCGAAGCAGAGGGAGGAGGCGGUCGCGCACGCCGAGAGAGAAGCCGAGAAGGCGCACGCGCGGAGGGAGGAGCUCGAGGCGAUGCUGAGCGAGGAGAGGCUGCGCUGGCGGCAGGAGGAGGCGGACAGAGUGGCAAGGGAGGGGAGACUGCGUGCGGACCUGCGCACGGUGCACGCGAGCUGCUCCCGCCUGCCGCUGCUCAUCACCGAGCGAGGCAACCUGCAGAGAAGGGUUGGCGAGCUGGAGCGCGAGGCGAGCGCGCGCGACGACGAGCAAGCCACGUGUGAUGCCCGCCAGGGCGCGCUGGCGGGGGAGCUCGCAGAAUUGCAGCGCGAGCGGGACGCGCUCGAGGAGAGGGCACAUGCAGAGAGUGCCGCGCGCGACAAUCGAGAGCGGGAUCUCGCCCGCCAGGUGGCAACACUGCAGCGCGAGAGAGACGCGCUGGACGAGGUGUCGACGCUGUACGAAGGCUGGAAGAGGACCUGGCAGGAGGAGACGCGGCGCUUUGAGGAGAAGGUCGGCGCGAUUGAAUCGGAGAAGGUUUCUCUUCGGGAGCGCGCUGACGGCGGAAGGAAGGAAGCCGCCGCACUCGGCAGGGAGUGCGAGUCUCUCCGCUCGAAGCUGAGCGCUCUGCAGGAAGAGAGGAAGCUCAACGCCGAGCAGUACCGGGAGAAGAAGCAGCAGUGGAAGCAGAGGAGAGAAGACUACAAGGCGAGAAUCCGCUCACUUGAGGAGGAGGCCGCGGUUUCGCGAGCGAGAUCAGCAGACAGCGACGCUGAGCGGGAGCGAGCGAAACAAGAGUGCGUCUCGCUGCGAGAAGAAACUGAAGCCUCUGUGGCGCGCUUCGAGGAAGAGAAGAUGGCGUGGGACGAGGAGAGGGAGUCGCUGAAGACGGAGAGGGGUAAACUGGAGGAGGGUUGCAACCAGACCCUCGCCGAACUUCAGGAGAAGAGGCAGCUAGAUGAGAUGGUCGCACAGCUGCUGGCUGAGAGACAUCACCUGCAGAAGCAGCUGUCGGGCGCCCUUCUACAGAUACAGGCGCUGCGCCACGUGGAAGCGAUGCGUGGAGAGGCGAUACAAGCGAUGCAAGAACGCCUGCAAGAGCAGCAGAGAGAAACUUCCAGUUGCCACCUGCAGAUGGCGCCAGCUGGCGUGCAGGAUGGCCUCACAUUGCUACGGUCGAGGCUUGCUGCAAUGAGGGUGGAGCAGAGGCAACUGAGGGAAGAGUGCAGCAUGCUGCCCGCAGUCGUGACAGAGACCAUCCAAGACACGUCUCAUCGGAUAAUGCAAGCCAUCUCCAAUCUGAGCAGCUACAAUGGGGAUCUAGUCAGAAAAUAUAAGAAGGAAAUGGUUUUGCGGAAGAAGUAUCACAAUGAGCUAGUUGAGAUACGAGGUAACAUCCGCGUGUUUUGUCGUGUGAGACCCGUCAUCAAGGAAGACUACGCUGGUGACUCUGACGGGACUGUUGUCGUGACAACAGAUGCUGAUGACGAUGGCCUGAUUACCGUGCUGCACAGAGGCAGGGAGAGUGUGUUUGGGUUGGAUAAGGUUUUUAAUCAAUCCAGCACACACACGGAGGUGUUUGCGGAGGUGGCGCCACUGGUCGUCAGCUGUCUUGAUGGAUACAACGUCUGCAUCUUCGCGUAUGGGCAAACUGGAUCUGGGAAGACGUUCACGAUGGAGGGCACGGCUGAGGACCCUGGCAUGAAUCAGCGCGCACUGGAGCAGCUGUUCGAUGAGAUCGACGAGCGAAUGGCCGACUCCUGGAGCUACACAGUGUCACUGAGCAUGGUGGAGAUUUACAACGAGAAGCUGAGAGAUCUUCUAGCUAAGAACUCGUCGUGCAAGCUCGAGAUUAAGAUGAUGCCGGAUGGCUCUGGUCUCCACGUUCCUGGACUCUGCACUGUGAACGUUCAUUCACUGGAGGAAGUGAACGCGUCCGAGCGACGGCCGGCGACAAGCAUGAACGGAGCCAUUGUCGCGCUCGCACGCCUUGCUCUGCAUCCAUGUUACAGGUGUACAUGCGACGACCGGAGCUUUACCUGCACAGGUAAAUUGAACUUGAUUGACCUGGCCGGCUCCGAGAGGCUGACGAAGUCUGCUUCCGCUGGCGAGCGCCUGAAGGAAGCGCAGAACAUCAACCGCUCUCUGUCGGCCCUCGGCGACGUCAUACAGGCCCUGCGCAACAAGUCAGAGCACGUUCCCUACAGGAACUCGCGUCUCACCUACCUACUGCAGGAUAGCCUGGGUGGAGAUAGCAAGGUUGUGAUGAUGGUUCAGAUUGCUCCUGUCAAAAAGAACUCAUCCGAAACUGUCAACAGCCUCUCGUUUGCCCAGCGAGUGCGGGGCGUGGAGUUAGGAAUGGCCACACCUAAACGUGGCUUCCUGGAGAGCAACAACGAGAAUCUUCCGCCGAUGGCAUACUCCCCAGCAGUUGGGGUAUCUCCGCAAAUGAUGCCGCAUGCUGUGUUCAGGGGAUCGCCAUUAUCCAAGAAUCUGGCGCCACUCCUCAGCCCACGAGUCGUGCGAAAACAACUCACAGCGGCCAGGCACCAGAGGUACAACAACUGAACGUCUGCGACCUCUCUCCUACCAACGCAGUCGAUAAUUUAAGAACCUGGCGACACAAACAAGAUAAGUGAAUACCUGCUUCCAGGCAUCAUAGGUACAACAACUGAACGUCUGCGACCCCGCUUCUAGCAACUCAGUCGAUAAUUUAAGAACCAGGCGUGUCACAAAUCUGGCGACACAAACAAGACAAGUGAACAUCUGAUUCCAUUCUGCCCAACAGACAAUAAUCUAUUCCCCUAGGGAUACAAGAUAUGGAACAAUUGAACAUCUGCUUAACCUCUGGUACUAUUGUUGUACAUUUUGUUUCUCUCUAAAAUUAAGUUCCUUUCAUCGACAACAGUUGUUCUUGCAGUGGUCCCAGCAUAGCUUGUUCGCACAUACAGAGAGCGAUUCCGAUGUAAAAAUCUGGCGUGCAUGGUCACGUACUGUGAAAAUCAAGAGUAGAUAAUAACACUAAUGUGUUAUUAUCUACUCUUGGUGAAAAUGGAAUCAUUGUAUUUCACGUAUGCUAGAAGUAAAGUACGCAUGACUGCAUAUAAUCGGGAUUUAAAACACGUGUGAUAAUUUACUCCUGAUAUAAUGAAUGAUUUUGGCUAAAACUGGCCGCAAGGUGGCGCGUCAAUGUCUUAUGAUUGUUUUUGUCAGUUAAGACGAAGACUGCAAAUUUGGCUUAUGACCCAUUCAUGUUGAUGAAUUUAUAUAUUCAACGCUGUUUUUGUGCGUAUUGAUUCAUUGAAACCGCAUGAAUUUUUUAUGAUUUGCUGAUAUUGUCGGUUAACAUGCAGUUUAAAAUCACAGUUGAAUACAGUUUUCCCGCGUUAUCGGAUCUCGGAUAAACGCCUAUCGGAUAAAACAUAAUCGACAUGUCUUAAAAAAAAUCUUUAUACAUGUUGUUAUGUGUUAGCCGCUUAAUCGGGAAAUUUUUGUAGUUACCUGUCCCGAUAAAGCAGUGACGCCUGUAGUUUUACAGCCGAUAGUCAGCCACCUCAGUGUUACACGUAUCGCAAAUAAGAGGAAAUGCCUGUACGAGAAGUCUUUCCCUUUGUAUUCUCCCGUUGCCUUACGUGUCAGUCAUUGCGUGUGAGAACUACUAUUUAUCCGUUAUGCGCAUAUAAAUUCUCUAUAUUUACUAUCGCGCUGCAUUUAAAGCACAGCAACAGGUGUCGUGCAUUAAACCAAUCUUUUGUUGCGCGUCCUGCGUGGCUGCGAAUUUUCAAUGCAUUUUUUCUGUUACGUCAGACCUUCUGUACUUCUGCGGCACAGAUCUUGAAAACCCGCGCGAAAGCGGCGAACCUCAUUUCUAGUUAACGACGACCCCACACGGUAAUUAUGGCGGGCCACAAUGCCCCGGUCUUCUGUAGUUUAACCACGAAUAAAAUCACGCGACGAAAUGCACCGAUUAUUCCUAGGAGUGCUAUAACGUUAACGAGACUCAUUUUCACUCACAGCUCUUAUCCGCGAUUAAAAUACUUAAUAAAACACUUUAUUCCGAGCUGGUCAACUGUAAUCGUGUCGAUCUCUAAUCACGAAGAGAAUUAAAAAAAAAUCGCAUUCGCGCAUGUGCUUUGUACGGUAUGUUUCGCAGACGAAAAAAUCUAAAGCAAGAAAACGCGCUCCGGUAUAGCAUUCCAGCUCCCUAGUACUCGCACAAAAAUUGGUUUAAUGUCAUUACCAUAAUGGCAGUAGACGUGUAUAGUCUAUACUAUAGAAAUGUAUAGAUAGGCUGCACCUAUUUAUUAUAGUAUGUUAUCGACUGGUUUCGUUUUUGGUGUAUUAUUUCUAUGUUAUAUGCUAACCGUGAUAAAAUUGAACUUGCUCUAGCUCGCUCGUCUCAGAGUUUGGGUUUUAUAGCUUAAUUGAUUCUAUGUUGAAUGGUGAGUGAUAACGCAAGGAUAACACUACGGUAGACAAGAUGGCUAAGAGAUGCAGUAGUAGUGGUAAAGCGCCUAUAAUUUAAGGCCUAUGUAAAUUAUAGGAUCUUUGGUGGUAAUUGAGUAGAGGCUGUUGUUAUAUGUACCUGUUACGACCGACUUGUCUAAUCCUUCGCUAUUAUUUUAUGUCGAGUGUAGGUGUGUUGACAGCGGCUUUCAAUUAUCGCGUGGUAGAGUUUAUUGAACCCAUACAUAGUUAUACGUAUAGAUAACUCCUGCACGUACUUCAUACCCAGUUUAUUCAUAGGUGAAUGAACGCUAUCAUUCUACUUAUGAUAGAAUGACGUCAUCAAAACUAUGUAACAAUUUUCCGGAAUGUCAUUGAAUGUAACUUGUACAUGUAACUGCUGACUGUUUGAACUUAUAUAGAGUCUAUUAAAUAGACUGGUUCUUUGUUUAUUCAAGAAUUCGGUAAUGACCAUGGUAUUGUGUAUUAGUUCUUAACUAUGACUCCAAAUAAAGGUAUUAUGAAUACUUUCAGAAAAUAA